GGCAGCAGAUAAGGUGAGCCUGCACGCGCUCAGACUGUACACACAGCGGAGCAGCUCAUACAUUCGCACAGAGCUCCCGACACUGACAGAGUCCGACACCAAGGAAAGUUCUCGUCCCGGAUUCAGACAUCAUCUACGGGUUUUACUGACAGAGAGGACGUGAAGACUACAGAGACCCGGGACAGGAGCGGUGUUAUAAAGACUUUCUGCUGGUCUCGGUUUUUCUACGGUUUCAAAGAUGGAAACCACUUUCUAUGAGGACUCUCUGAACUCCUUCCCUCAGCACUCCGGGUUCAGCUUCAGCAGCCCCAAAGCCCUGAAGCAGACCAUGACCCUGAACCUGUCAGACCCCAUCGGCUCCUUGAAGCCGCACCUGCGGGCUAAAGCCGGGGACCUGCUCACCUCCCCGGACGUGGGUCUCCUGAAGCUAGCCUCCCCGGAGCUGGAGCGGCUCAUCAUCCAGUCCAGCAACGGACUCAUCACGACCACCCCGACCCCGACCCAGUUCAUCUGCCCCAAGAACGUCACGGACGAGCAGGAGGGCUUCGCGGAGGGGUUCGUCCGGGCUCUGGCGGAGCUGCACCACCAGCACAUGCCGACCCCGGCGAACCCGAGCGCCACCGGGUCCCCCCAGACCAGCUCCGCCCUGCCGCCGGUCUCCUCCGGAACCGGGUCGUCCGUGUAUCCUAACAGCGGCUCCCUGCGCGCGGACUCUCCGGUCUAUGAAGACCUGAACACCUUCACCCCGGCCAUCAGCACCGUGUCGGCCCCCAGCUACACCCCCUCAGCCCCCACCAUGUCCUUCCCCGGAGCCCAGACCCAGCUGCCCCUGUACGGGCAGGUCCGGCUCUCCGCGCUCAAAGAGGAGCCGCAGACCGUGCCCGAGAUGCCGGGGGAGACCCCCCCACUGUCCCCCAUUGACAUGGAGAGUCAGGAGCGCAUCAAGGCCGAGAGGAAGCGCAUGAGGAACCGCGUCGCUGCCUCCAAGUGCCGGAAGAGGAAGUUGGAGCGGAUCUCCAGACUGGAGGACAAAGUCAAGAACCUGAAGUCCCAGAAUUCGGAGCUCGCGUCCACCGCGAACCUGCUGCGGGAGCAGGUGGCCCAGCUGAAGCAGAAGGUGAUGAACCACGUGAACUCUGGCUGCCAGCUCAUGCUGACCCAGCAGCUCCAGACCUUCUGAGGGGGGUCAGCCCGGAGAGACUGAGGAUGGACGGACGCUUCCUGUUUUCUCCCGGCAUCGGGACCAGAUUUGGGAUGAUGCCUUACCGGCAGGACCGGGAGCCGCACUGGUGCUCCUGGGUGUCAGGUUCGACCCGCAGAGGGGUUCGGGACUGAGUGAUCCGGAGGGGCAGCACGCGGGGUUUUCUCUGUUCUUACAGAACUGGACUGAAGUUUUUCUUGAUUUGCUCCCGGGUCUGCACGGACCGGAUCAGACCACCACAGGAGACUUUCAGUAUUUGAGGAUGUACCUGCUGAAGCCUGAGAGGCCCACAUUAAAGACUGGACCUGGUUCCAGUUAAAGACAGUUUCUUCAUUAGAAGUGAAGUUAGAGAAACUUCAAGGUUCUUUCUAAACUUGUUGAUGAGGUUUCACUCAUCGCACAUGCGCAGAGCUCUUCACAGGACUCUGUUUAUAUGUUUAUUUUUUAUUUGUCUGAGAAACUCAGAAACUGAUCAAUAUUUAAGACAAUAAAACUGAUCAACUGAA